AUAUCCGUUCCAUUCCUUAUUUACUUCCGGAGGCAUUCUGGGUCAUGGUAUUUGAACAUUCAAGCUAACAUUCAAGUGUUAUUUCAUUUUCUGUUGUAAGAACAGAUUGCAAUGUCUGACGACAUAAUCGGGCCCGCUCUACCUCCAAGUUUCAGGAAAAGCAGCGAUGACGAUUCCGACGAGGACACGCUUGUAGGUCCGGCGCUGCCUCCGGGUUAUACGCCGAGGGAUCUGUCGAGUUCCUCUGAGGACAGUGAUACAGAAGAGGUGGUGUUCAAGAGAGGAAGACUCAGCGCGGGGAGAGAAGAGAGUGCGGAUGGUCCUACGGCAAACAAAUUACGCAGGGUAGAAGGAAACGACAAAAGGCCCAGUGCUGCUGAGGAUGAAGAUGGUUUCUUUGGACCCGCUCUUCCUCCAGGGUAUCAGAAGCAGCAGAGCUCACCUGAAAGACGACCGCUGUUGGGCCCAGCCUUGCCCCCAGGCUUCCGUAGACCCGCAGAUGAUGAAGAUGAUGAUGAUGAUGAUGAGGUGAGAAAUGAGGACAGAGACAGCGGAGGCUUCCCUGGACCAGCACUGCCCCCUGGCUACAGAGCAGAGGCCUCCAGCAGCGAUGGGGAGGGCGAUGACAUCAUUGGACCUCUACCUUCCAAAGGGGAUGUCCAGAACUCAGUUGCCAUGGAGUUUGAGCGCAGGGCAGAGAAGAUGAAAGAGAAGCUCAUCUGUGGUGAUGACGGCCCGGUGGAGCAGGCCCGGGAGACCUGGAUGACAGAACUGCCCCCUGAACUCCAGCACAUCGGCCUGGGGGCCCGAACCUUCAAGAAGAGGUCCGGACCGGAGAACAAGGACCGCUCCAUCUGGACCGACACUCCCGCUGACCGCCUGCGCAAGGCCAGGGAGCGCCUGGAGGGGAAACAGAGUGGCGAGGAGAAGAAGGAGGAGAUUCCCUCCGUUUCCCAGAAAGACCUGAAAAUGGCCGAGAAGGUGUCCAAGUAUAACGAUCAGAAGCGCAGCGAGUCUCUCCUCAGCAUACACAGUAAGAAGAUGAAGAAGCGCGCUGAGGAGGAGGAGGACCGGCCGGUGGAGAGGAGGCCGUUCGACCGGGACAUGGACCUGCAGGUGAACCGCUUCGACGAGGCGCAGAAGAAGUCCCUGCUGAAGAGGUCCCAGGAGCUGAACACGCGCUUCUCCCACAGCAAAGACCGCAUGUUCCUGUAGGCUGGGGGCUGGGGCGGCCAUUUUACUGCUUUACUCCUGUCAGCGGAGCCCAGGUCCCUUCUGGGAGCAGAAGAGAUGCAGGUAAAGCCAUGGGGCGCAUGGCGUGUUCUAACCCCCCCCACCCCCCGCCCCCCCGGAGCCGCUACUGCUCUCUGUGUCCGCACUCUCCAGCCACAGCCUUUAUGCCCUUAAAAUCCCCCCCAAAACUCGGAGUGCAACACAUUUACUUUUCUGGGUUUCAAACCAAAACGGAUAGCAGCUGCAGAGUGCCAGCAGUCAGAACAGGUCAGAAUAAUAUGAGUGAGUGCAGAGCACUCGAAAUGAGGGCCUGUUCACAGUAAGAGUAACAGUGGCCUAUAGAAACAUUUGUGGUAGAAACAUUGUAAACUUGCCAAUAGCGUAAUUGAUAAUUCCCCAUAGCCUAAAGCAUUAUAUUCGGGAUGCGAUAUUUCAUUGGCUGAAAAAAAAGAAACUUAAAUAAAAUAGGCUGCCAUAACUGGAUCAUUUUUCUGAUAUUGUAUGUUUUCUGCUGUUCAUUUGACUGGAGCUUAGUGAAAUUACAUGCUAAAAUAAGCGUUUACUUUCUGGAGAAAAAGCCAUUUGGCAUUUCCUGGUGACUAUGAACAAAUGCACCACGUUCUCUGAAUUUUCUCUAAAGGCCUGUGAUGUGUUUAAUACUGUAUGAAAGCCAACCAGGGCUUCUCACUGUAAAACAUCGUCUAAUUGGGCAGUGUGACAGCCAGGGCAUCUCACUGUAAAACAGCGUCUGAUUGGGCAGUGUGACAGCCAGGGCUUCUCACUGUAAAACAGCAUCUGAUUGGGCAGUGUGACAACCAGGGCUUCGCGCUGUAAAACAGCAUCUGAUUGGUCAGUGUGAAGCGCUAAUAUAAGGCUGAUUUAUUUACAUGUUCAUUAAUCACACAUGACUGCCAACGCUGUCCAUUUGUCAACCACUCUUUAAUGUGCGCCGUUGGUCUCCGACACAUCUGCUUCCGUUCUGCUGGAGGAAAAAGAGCAGAAAGAGAUUUUGUACCCCAUUUCAGUUCAGCUGAGUAAACCUGGUGUCAGAGCACAAGGUUUGAAGCAUUGGUACUGGUGAUGUUUUCAGUUUGAGGUAUUUCACCAGAAUGUUACUGGAAAUGGCACCUUUCACAAUUCCGAUUUUUAUUUUUAUUUUUACUGUAUAUGUUUCUCACCCUCCUUAUAAGAAAUAAAUUGGUCAUUUUUUCCUUAUCAGUUUGGGGUAGGCUGUUUGAAAUGUUUUUACAGAACUCUUAUCUACAAUCUCUGUAAAAAAGGAAUUUGCUGUGAACAGUCUCACAUGGGAAUGUUUUAAAGCCAUUGUCUCAUUUUAGCAUAUUUAAUGACUGUUUCACAAAAUGCUUUUCAGAAUGUGUGAAUCAGGUUAUUGGCUACAAGUGAAGUGAGUUUGGUGAAUGUGACCUUCUUAGAUUAUAAAGCAAAAUAAAAAGCAAAAAAAACAAAAAACACCUUUUUCCAAAGACAACGGAUUGGCACCGUUAGAAGGAGCAGAUUUGGGCAUCACACCAGCGUGGUCCGUGGCACACUUUGGCUGCACGUCCGUUACUGGCAUCAUCUUGCCGAAGGCUGAACAGCUUUAGCCUGACAGCCGUCUGAAUUCUAUCUCUGGCUUUGCCUGGCCAUUGUUGUCUGAGUUGUGUUCCUUGUGUGUCUGUGUGUCUAGGAUGGUUUUGCCUGCAUUUCUAUAGCUGCUAAUGCUAAGUGGUUCAUUUGACUGUGGUCAUACAAUUGUCAUACAACAUUGCAUGUUAGACAUUGAUGCUUUUGCUACCGUUAAUGUUAUGUUUAGUUUCUUUGUUAUCUCAAUAAUUCAGUGUCCCAAAUUUUACUAAUUGUUUUACUGGAGUACCCAUCUCUGAAAUAUUGCCAUGAAGGACAUAUAUUUUUUUGUUAUUAGGAUACAAUAUUCAACCGAUAAGCUGCGGCAACAGUCUGUCAUUCAGUCAACAGGAAAAUGUCAUGUGGGGUUCAAGUUUGAUUCAUCAAAUAUAUUACAUAUUCAGCCAAACCCAAAUACUCAUAAAAAACAGAUGAAUCUGAAACCCAACACUGAAUUCACUACAGCCCUACAAAAAACCCUGGAGUUUAAACAGAUGAGAGCAUCAAGUCCUCUAUUGGUCACGAGUAGAUGAAGAGGGUUAGGGUUGGGUUAGGGUUAGGGUUAGGGUUAGGCUUAUGAAGAGGUCGGCAGCAUGUAUGGCUGUUUACAGGUGUGCAUGCGUCUCACGCAGUUUCAACAUUUAUUUUUUCAGCUCAGGGAAAGGAGGUGAAAAAUUCCCCUUAUCCUUUAUAAAUUACAUUUUGUGCCAUCAGUAUUGUUCCAGUGCAGUGUGCAGUGUGCAGUGUGCAGUGUGCAGUGUGCAGUGUGCAGUGUGCAGUGUGCAGUGUGCAGUUUCCGUAAGUAUGCUGUUUAAUAUUUUUGUCGCUAAAUAUUAUUUUGCAUUUAAACUUUAUUUUAACCAAGUAUGAACCAUUCAAACCCACACUGUUUAAUGAAACCAAAUGACAUUCCCCUACUUCACUAAAUAUAUAGGCUUGCAGAUCUGUGUAUAUAAAUGUUCAUGUGACUGGAUGUCGUAUGUGUUGGUUUUUACAAUGCUUUACAAAUGAGAAAAAGUAAUCUGGAAUGGAAAAUAUGCAGAAAUACAAACGUCUAUACACACAGAAAGACCUGUGAGAUUCUGCGUCCAAAAUGUGGAGGGCACUCUACAUUCCUGUAAUAUUCUGAAGAAAAAAUGGAGAUUUAAUGUGCAGUGUUGUUAAGGUUGUUGUGAUUAAUAGGUAACCAGUAGUCAUGGUUUGUAGAUUAAGCUCAAUUUGGACUCUGCUAAUGUAGGGAAAACAAAAGUACUGUUUUUUUAUUGUAUUUUUUACUGAAAGUGCUCCACAAAUAAACAGAGAAGCCUAUUUGUGUUUUA